AUGGCGGGGGCAGCGGCGGUGCUAAGGGCUCUCCGGACCCUGCGCCCCCGGACUCCGGCCGCGACCUCCGGCAGGUUCCCGGCCCCGGCGGAGUUCGUCCUGCCGCCGGCUUCAUGCGUGUUGUACCCGCCGUGGAGGAGCUCUCCUGUCAGGACCCUGCAGCUGUGCUCCGCCUUAUGUGCCGGACACAACAAGUGGUCAAAGGUGAAGAACAUUAAGGGACCUAAAGAUGAGGCGAGGAGCAGGAUGUUUAUGAAGUUUAGUAUGAUGAUAAAGAUAGCUGUGAAAGAGGGUGGACCCAACCCAGACAUGAAUAUAAACUUAGCCCACGUAUUGGAGCAGUGCAAAAGCAAGAACAUGCCCAAGGCGUCUAUAGAGUCUGCAAUCAAGAGUGCGGAAAAGGCCAAAGGUGGGUCCCAGCACAUGUUUGAAGCUCGGGGGCCCGGUGGAUGUCUGCUGCUCAUCGAGGUGUUGACUGACAGCUACUCACGCAGCCAGCAGGACAUAAAACGUCUGCUUAACAAGAAUGGGGGGAUGCCAUCAGAUGGAGCCCGCCACAGCUUCAACAGGAAGGGGGUGGUGAUGGUGCCGGGGCAGAACAUCUCGACGGAGCGAGCUCUGGAGCUGGCUAUUGAGGCGGGAGCCGAAGAUGUCCAAGAGACUGAGGAUGAGGAGGAGCAGCCCCUCCUGCAGUUUACAUGUGAUAUAAUGGACGUGAAGAAGGUGCGUGACUCGAUGGAGGGGCUGGGAAUGCAGAUUACGUCUGCUGGGUUGGAGUUUGUUCCUCGCAGCUUCUCGUCUUUGGACCAGAAUCAGCUUGAUGCUGCUUCAACGCUUAUAGAAGCCCUCAAUGACUGUCCAGAUGUAGUUCGAGUGUGGGACAACAUCCAGGCGGACAGCUGAGGACGCUUCCUGGACACUUGGUGGACAAUGAAUAUCUUACAUGCGGAGUAUCGGAUUUCACAUAGAAUGGAUUUGCAAACAUAUUCUGUUUUAUCAUUAUCAAUAUAAAAAUGAGUGUAUGUUUUCUGCAUAUGAAAAAAAGAAAAUGAAAUUGUGAUCCUUGUUAA